AUGCUAUCAGUACCAUCGGCCGACACCGCUCCAUCGGGCGAGUCGCCACCUAUCGUGGUCAUACCCAAUGGCCUUGGUCUGAGGAGGCCGGUGGUGUCGAUGAGAAAAUGCAACCUCCGGCCCAAGACCUCUAUAGACGCCUUGGGUGCCGCGACGCCCUUCCGCAGAGGAAUUGUCAAGGGCUUCAGCACGGCCGAUGCUGUGUGUGGCCAGUGCAAUGCAGUGAAUGGAUGGUACCUAAGACGCUCGAGCGCUGAUGAGGUAGAUAAGCUGAGUUUCGACAAGUGGAAUACGGUACUGCCGGCCGAACCAGACAGGGGCCGCAAGAAGCUCAAUGAGGCUGAACAGUCGAAUAGGUUGGGCUCCUUGGCCCUCUUCGCUGACGAGAUCGUGCACCCUUCUGGGGAGGGUCUAAUUGCUAGGGAGGAGUUGGAGGUGGACCGCCCUGAGGGGUACUGGUCGGCUUACUUCACUACUGAGCUCAGCCCGGUGGGGCUGGAGGAUGUCGAGGAAUACUCUAUGGGGCGGGUCCAACCGGCGGACCUACGUCGACUACAGAAAGCGGCUGCUAUGAGGGUGUUUGAGAUGAAGAAGAGGAGGGAGGAGGCGUUGGCCUUCUCACUUCAGGGGGGCCAAUCUGAAGGCGGUUCACCAAAAUCCGGGGAGGUCGUGGAAGAUCUUCGUGUUGAGGAACCACGUAUUGAAGGACCCAGGAGGGUCUCGGCGCCCGCCCCCGAGGUCAUCAUUCCCAAACCCCCACCUAAGGCCGAGCUGAGUCCACAGCGAUCGAGGACCUUGGCUGAAGGGAGUCUUCUUGUGGUGCCACCUUCUGGGGAGGCUGGAGGGGCAGAGGCGAGUGGUGAUGGUAAUCCCAAGAGGAGGUUUAGUAGACAGUUCACAAUACCAAGAAUUUACAUGACUUCAAGAGGAGUAAUAGAAGCUAGGACUUGUAAUAGUGGUAGAUCGCCUCAUCCUAAAAGUGGGAAGAAAAAGACUAUUAGUACUACGCAAACGGGCAGCAUGAGAGCCCCUCGGGGCUCGGCUGUGGGGCGUGCGAUAGGGUUACCAACACUGGCUGAGACCUGUCAUAUGUUGAACAAUAGUGAGAGGGGAUGGAGGCCUCAGCCUACAGAGGGCCCCACGUUACAGCGUAAGGCCUUGAAGCCCAUUUGCCAUGUGGUGGCGGGUCGCCGUCAGAGUGCAUCAGGAAACAAGACUCUUUCUGGUGCUAUUAAUUCAGCCUUACCAUCCGACCUGACGGUCUUGGCCCCACCGGGAAACUCUCGAGCUGAGCACAUUUGGAGUACCCCACCGGGCUCGAGGGGCUCCGUGACGGCUGCUAGGGCGUCUCGGCUCAUUGGAAGUGGAAUUGGGUCUAGGCUGAUGGGUGGGGGAGGGCUGCCGAGGCCCAGCGCGUUAGAAGCGGUGUUGGGGGCCAAGAUGGAGGAACGUAGGCGCUCCCUUAUGAUGGCCGCUGCAGCUGUGCUGAAGGAUAAGGACAAUCCUAAUGGGAGUCGACGAUGGAGUACGGUGAUGGUUCGGCCUGAGAUGGCAGGGACUCAGGAGAAGGAUAGGAGGGCUAGUCACUCUGGGGAAGAGGACAACGAGGAUAAGUCUGCGGCGGCGGAAGAGGACGUUAAAAGGCCCGAAGGGGCCGAUGAUGGCAGUGGACUACCUUCCUUUGACUCGGUCUUUGAGGCGGUGGGGGAGGAAGACCUCACUUAUAAGAAGUUCCACGCGGCUAAGUCACGGGAGAUCGCGGCUUUUGAUUUGGCCAAGGAGCGGGAGGAAGCUCGGAAGAGGGCUGAGGCGCAGAAGAGGAUUGAAGAGAGUCAACAGGUCACUGAUGGGGGCAAGGUGGAAGGGGACGAGCCAAGGGAAGAAUCGGCGAGGCCAACCUUCAGCAGUAUGUCCAAACGGGAGAGGCAAGAUUCCCAGAGGUAUUCUAGUAAAGACAGAACACGGUUGAAGAGGUUUAAGGGGCAGAGUGGUGAGGACCAUGCUGGCCGAUCUUGGAAGCCUGAGCUGUGGAUGAAGAUGCGCAACGACUAUGAUUGA